AUGACAUCCUUUGUCCAGCAGGAGUUUGUGCCGCUGAAGGGGUCGCAGGCGGCCGGCCCCAAGUACGAGCCCUCAGUGGUGUUCGCCACCUGGGAGGGAAGCUACGUCUCGUCAGGCGUCAACCCCGUCAAGCAGUUUGAGCCCGUCGUGCUGACGGCAGUGGUGGAUGGCGUCCUCGCCUGCAAGAAGGAGCCCUUCGCCUACACAAAGCUCUUCACCUUCAAACAGCUGGGCCUGUCAAAGCCGCUGGUGCCAACCGCCAACGGCCAAGGGCUCCAGGCUAUGUGCAGUGUCACAGCAAUGUCGCAGACACCAAACCCCGCGGGCGCGCGCCUGGCCCAGCCCUGGGCUUACAUUUGGGCCGACCCCAAAUCCGCCACCGCCGACAACAGCGGCCUCUUCCUCGGCUGCCAGGACUACGCCGGCGGCCUCAAGUUCGACGGCGUGGCCACUGUCAGCUGCAGCUUUGUCGCGCAGCUUGGGUCCCCGUCAGCGUCCUCGCUCUCCGGCCGCGCCAAGCUAGCAUCGGGCUUGCCUGGCGCUGCAUUCCCCGGUGCCGAUGCAGGCUCUUACCUUGGGGUGUCGCCGCCCGUGCCACACGACGGCGAAGGCGCCGGCGCGUUGGCGGCGGGCGCGGAUGGCGGGGCGGCGGCGGUUGGGCAGGUGGUGGGGGACGAGCGGCCAGACUUCCGGUCGGUGGUGUCGGCGGCAGUCGAGGCUAUUGGCUGA